AUGCAUUUCUCUCCCGCGGCGAUUCUCUUCAUCUCCGUCCUCGGUACACAAGCAGUGCCCCUAGCCUUCCCCAGACUAGGAAGCAACACACUCGUGCGCAGACAAGAAGAGCCCUACUCAGUUGUUAAUGUUGGCGGCGCCAGUCCCAACGGCGUCGACACCAGCUCUGCGGUUGAGACCCAGACCCAGACUGUGACCGCUCCCAGCAUCCCUCAGGCUCCCGUGACUGUCACGGUGACCGAUAUGCCAACAUCGACAUCUACACCAGUCAUCACACCCUCUUCCUGGGCCACACCUUCGUCCAGCUCAUGCAUUCCAUCAUCAAAAAGUCUGUCAGCUUGGCCGACACCUUCGCCUGGGGAUGACCAUUCCGUCUACCCUCGGAGCUUCAACCUGACUCGCAAAUCUCCUCUGCCCCCUAAGAGCUUCCGGAGAGCGCUCUCGAGUACAAACAGCACCGGCCUUCAUGUUUUCAAUGUUCGCAGCGACAAUGCAACUGAGGCGGUGCCUAUCUCAGCUCGGACUUUGUUGAACGGCACAAUCGCAGCUCGCAGCGGUGUCUUUGCGCGGGCUCUCAACCAGACAGGCCGUGUGUACUAA